CUCCUCUAUGCAGGGCUCUGGCCAGUCAGUCGCCUUUGAUUAUCAGUCUCCAGCAGCCCCUCUCUUGGCUCCUUGACAUGAGCACCAUAUAAGGCGCAGCGAUCUCCAUAGAAACGUGUCAGUUUCAAUAGUAGUGUCAAAGUUCACUAUAUACAGACAUUCGCGCAGAUCCCCCGUUUCGGAAACAUUGCUCUGCUGGUCCUCCCGUUUAAGCGCAUUCAUUUUUGGGUCUCUCCUUCUUCUUGCAUAUUCUAUUAGUUGUUGCUGUUGGUCUUCUUUUUUAUCUUUCUCUUCGUAUCUCCAUUCCUCCUGCUGGAGAGAGGUGAAACUAUACAUGGGCACUUCAUUCGGCGACGCGGUUUUCUUUCGCUGCUGGGCGAGAUGAUGGGGCUUAUUUAAGAAAAUAGAUGUAAAAAUCCGGCUCUUCAGUUUUUCCUCUACUCCUAAACGACGAAGACGGGAGUGUAAAGGAGCACGGAGAAGAAAAGAGAAAGGAAUUUAUCUCCGCAGCACUUUGGAUCGCGUGUCUUUCCAGCAAAAGGUUUUUUUACUCGUUCCUGCGUCCAUGUGAAUCGCUCCUGCCUUCCCUUUGUGGCUAUUUUAUAUCAAACUGCAAUUUGUUACGACUGGACUCUGGCUUUCCUACAAGAUCGGGGACUCCUGAAUGGCUGACUGCAAUUUACCUUGGAACUGGCCUCCCGAUACUUGUAUAUCCUGAUCGGGUGCCUAUUCAAUCGCCCUCCUGUAUUUUGAAUGUAUUGAUCGCGUUCUACUCUCCUUCUUACCCCAUAUGAGAUUGCGUGUUCCGAUUUGACUUUGCACUGCCCCGUCUUUUGAGAUCUCCUUUUUUUUCCCCAUCCUACGCUUCGUAAACACCGGCGAUCAUUUCGCUUUAUAGCACUUUCAGGGACAGAGAUAUGGCAAUGGUAGUUAGCGUCUGGAGAGAUCCGCAGGAAGACGUGGCCGGAGGACCUCCGAGCGGCCCCAACCCAGCAGCGCAGCCGGCGAGGGAGCAGCAGCAGGCGGCGUCAGCGGCGCCGCACACUCCGCAGACCCCUAGCCAGCCGGGACCCCCGUCCACACCGGGGACUGCCGGGGAAAAGGGGAGUCAAAAUUCUGGACAGCAACAUAUUGAAUGUGUGGUUUGCGGAGACAAAUCGAGCGGCAAACACUAUGGCCAGUUCACCUGCGAGGGAUGCAAAAGUUUCUUCAAGAGGAGUGUACGGAGGAACUUAACGUACUCAUGUCGUGCCAACAGGAACUGUCCCAUUGACCAGCACCACCGAAAUCAGUGCCAAUACUGCCGGCUGAAGAAAUGUUUAAAAGUGGGAAUGCGGCGGGAAGCGGUUCAGCGAGGACGAAUGCCUCCAACUCAACCCAACCCAGGCCAGUACGCGCUGACGAACGGGGACCCUCUGAAUGGCCACUGCUAUCUGUCCGGAUACAUCUCGUUAUUGCUGCGGGCCGAGCCUUAUCCGACGUCCCGGUACGGGAGCCAGUGCAUGCAGCCCAACAAUAUCAUGGGCAUCGAGAACAUCUGCGAGCUGGCGGCUCGUUUGCUCUUCAGCGCCGUGGAGUGGGCGAGAAACAUCCCUUUCUUUCCCGACCUGCAGAUCACGGACCAGGUGUCCCUUCUCAGGCUGACGUGGAGCGAGUUGUUUGUGCUUAACGCGGCCCAGUGCUCCAUGCCUCUGCAUGUGGCCCCUCUGCUUGCCGCUGCGGGCCUCCAUGCCUCCCCGAUGUCCGCGGACCGUGUUGUGGCUUUCAUGGAUCACAUCCGGAUCUUCCAGGAACAAGUGGAGAAGCUUAAGACCCUGCACGUAGACUCGGCAGAGUACAGCUGCCUCAAGGCCAUCGUGCUUUUUACAUCAGACGCUUGCGGCCUGUCGGAUGCUGCUCACAUCGAGAGCCUGCAGGAGAAAUCUCAGUGCGCCCUGGAGGAGUACGUGAGGAGCCAGUACCCGAACCAGCCCAGCCGCUUUGGGAAGCUCCUGCUGCGGCUGCCCUCUCUGCGCACCGUCUCAUCGUCGGUAAUCGAGCAGCUGUUCUUCGUCCGCUUGGUAGGUAAAACUCCUAUUGAAACCCUCAUCAGGGAUAUGCUAUUAUCCGGGAGCAGCUUCAACUGGCCUUACAUGUCCAUCCAAUGAUCCUAAUGUGAAAGUGGGAAAAAGAGAGGAAAGAAAGGACCAAAAUUCAGCACCCCUCACCCCAUCCUCCUCCAAGAAGACUAUAUAUAGGACCUUUUCUGAAAAACUUGGAGGACAUUACUUUUUUUCUGUCUUCUGGGACUGAGAUGGAAUACAUUAUGUACAGAAAAAUAUUGGAACUGGACUUUACACCUGUGUAAAUCCACCCUCAUCGUCAAGAACAAUACUCUUCAUUUUGUAAAAUACUAGUCUUUAUUUUCCUUUUUUGUAAAAAAUACAAAUACAAUGAAAAACAUCAUAUGCGCAGUAAGAAAAAAAGAAUCAAGACUUAGCGGGAAAAUAAUGUUUCCAAGCAAUUAUAAGAAAUGUCCUGUGUCUAUGUACCUCUCUGUUUUGUAUUUUUUCUGGUUCUAAACCAGGGUUUCUGUGAUUCUAUACUAAUACUUUUUUGAUAUAACCUUUUGCUUCUUAUAAUGAGUGCGAUAUAUGUUGUCGAAGCUAUGUUCUCCAAGAAUUAAAAUUGAAGUGAGAAUUUAAAAACAGAAAAAUAAAGAAAUUUAGACAAUUAAGAAACAGUCUAAUCGCUAUGACAAUAUCACCACUGAUGGUUGAACUUUUUUCCCAAUUGAAACGAUGGACCUGCAACAGCAGCAAACUGACCUCCAGGACAUUUUAACUGAGAGGACGUCUGGGGCGCCAUUCCCCGGGCCAUGAGUGCGUGUGGAGUCGAUCAUCAGUCAAAGGAGAGACAUGAAAAUCAAAAGCACUUUUAAUAUAUCAUUUCAAAUACAUUUUGUUUGUUUCGUCUUGAAUAUUUUCAUUGUUUCUUGAAUUUUAUUGGUUGUUGCCUUCAAUUUGCUUACUCCAUGAUGCAGCUUUUUGCAGAAGGGUCGGUUGAUGAAGUUGUGUGAUGGUGACUGUACUAUUAAAAAAGAAAUAGGCAACAAUGUCUCAUUCUCAAGCAUUUUCCUGGAAGUAAAUAUCAAGAUUCUCGGUCUUAUUUUAUAUCAUCAGGGGGAAUCUGUUGUCUCUGUGGGCUCCUGAGCGCAAGUGCCGUCUACAGUCACCGAGUGUACUGUUCUGCAUUGCCUUAUACUGAAAUAUAAUUCUGAAUUUUGCCUCUCUCUAAUACGCCAAUACCACCGAAAACGAGGUGAAACACGGGAUUAAGUGUGGUAAUGAAACAAUGGGUGCAUACUUUACAUUUUAACAGACUCACGGAGAUAACUGACAUUGCUAACACAAAGGAGGGAAGGCUAUACACGAGGAAUUGGUGAGCUCUCUGCCAGCCUGUGCGCGUAUUAAUGUUUAAUAUUUUCCCAGACAGUGAGGAAAGCCUGCGCACCACACAGAGCCACCUCUAUCCUACCUCAUGUGGCUUAAUCAAGGUGAUUCCUCACAAACCAAACAAUUUUCCCCUCUCCCCCGUUCUUAAAAACUCUGCCUUGAUAGUGCAUACCUCAAUAUUGAUGUGGGCGUCAUUUGGCAAAAGGGUUAGGCCCCGCUGCAAAGCUGCUGUGAUAUGCGUGAUCAAUCUGGAAAAUGUAUUUUACAGCAUGUAAGCCAGUCGAUAGGAACACCGAGGGUGAUGCAUUGUGUGGGAAUAGAGAGGAGGAAGGAGAGAGAGAGAGAGAGCGAGAGAGAGAGAGAGAGAGAGAGAGAGAGAGAGAGAGAGAGAGAGAGAGAGAAUGUGGAGCCGGUGCAGAGACAAAUGAGAGGGGAAACGUGUGAGAUGGAAGGCACGUGUGCGUGUGUGUGUGUGUGUGUGUGUGUGUGUGUGUGUGUGUGUGUGUGUGUGUGUGUGUGUGUGAGGGAGACAGAAAGAGAUAUGGCCUUGGUUUGCCUGAUACAUUCAGAAUGUAAUGAGUACAUCGAUAAGUCCUCAACGUGUUAGAUGGGUUACAUGGAGUUUCUGUCCUUGCAUUGGUCUGUCUCUCUGUGCGUUUUGUCUCCAUGUACUCCACAAAAUGACACAGGAAGCCCAGUCAUGGACCUGGAUCUACCCUCACUGUCAUUACAGCGUUACACUCACAUAGAGGGGUAAAAUGUGAUAAAUUGGAUCGCGUUAAGAAGAAAAUGGGGUUUCGGUGUGACAAUUAUUACAUUUGCCUGUUAGUCCCCCUUCUUCAUCAUCAGACGUGUUGCUUGUGUGCCAUAUUGCUCACAUCUUCAUCUGAUGACUGGCAGCGAUGAGGGACAGGAGGACGGGAGCUGAACUGCAUGUAGCGCGUUGCAAUGUCGCAAUUUGAUAUCGCCAUAUUUGUUAUCUGUCUUAUAGGAUUGGGGGAGGGGUAUUUGUGCCAGUGGGUUAUUUGUUUAUAUUGCCUGUCUCGUUCAAAGGCUAUAAUAUAAAGGUAUUAAUUAGUUCUCACUCGUGCUGGAAUGAUAGCCUACUAUAGGUUGUGCUUUAGGUUGUCCUCAAAUGCUCUCUCACAGGGAUACAGUUUUCAUUCUCAUGAGUCUGUUCGGGCAUAUUGUACCUAUUAGCUCCCAAUCGACCUGUCUGUAGCACUGGGUCAGUUGUCAGACGCCUUGUUGUUGCCUAAGCCACUGUACAAACAUGGAUGUGAUAUUUCGUCAGGUUGGAUCGUUGUUUCUUUAUGAAUAGGGUAUGAUUCUCCCGGAGCUUUAGGUCAGGUGUAAGUUGCAGAAUAAUGAGUUAGUUGAGCCAUUCCUUUCUGCUUGGUACUGGUGGCAGAAUAUGCUGAAUUUAAACACAACUGAACAAUAUACACACAUUACCGACCUCUAAAACGCAGCGUUAAAAAAGAUAAUUACUGAAGCACUGGAAUUGUUUAGCGUGUGUUGUUUUGGAAAUAAUCCAGAUGAUCGUUUCCUGGACGGGAAGGAAAGCUGAAUGUGCGAAUAAAUGUUUGUUUUUCAAAGACUAGAAUAUGGCUUCACCAAGGCCAUCGCAACAGUGCAGGUCGUUUUUGUUUAAUGUGGCUCUGGACUUAAUUGUUUGUUUGGUUAUUAAACGCAGCUUUCAGCUGGUUGUCUCCACAUAAUGUAUUCUAAAUCCCUCUAGAGUAUCUGUCUUUUAUCCUCUUGCUGAGAGCAUUCGGUUAUGCAGUUGCUAUACCACAGGCUAUAUAAAGCAAUAGUUCAUAAAUAGACGAAAUGGUGGCAUGUGUUGCUAAUUAACGUUUCAGUAAAGGCAAUACAAGCGAAACACACGAGGUCUCUGGAAAAAGUGAUAUUUUCUAUUUAGACUGUGGACCAUUCUCGAUUCUUUGACAAAUUGGUACAUAAUGCAACACCUCAAAUAAUAAAGCUAUAUGUAUCAUAGACAUGCAUCAUCAAAUUCCUUAUCCUCUGCUGUGAUGAAAGCAUUAUUAGUAUACUUUAUUAUUAAACAAAAUAAAAAGUACAAAGUGCAUUAAGAGGAAGUAAAUGCACUGUCAGAUUGGACUAUAGCUGCGGUGGGUAAGGGAGAUGGAUAUGUGGCACACUAUGGGCCCCAUUUGUGUCUCUGUAAUUUCGGAAACUCCGGUUACCAAAGUGUUACUACGAAAUGAGUUAAAUAACCAUUUACCUUUGUCUAGUUUCAUUCAUCAAACCACAAGUGGAGGACUCCUAACACGGGGGGCUAUUUGUUUGCUUUACACAAGCAGCUGGGUGCGAUUUCACGUUUGAGAUAUCCGUCUGAAAGCGAAACAUUUAUUAUCCUAAGUUGUCAGCGAACCUAUUUCUCCAAAACCCUCAAUGCAAGCCAAUGGUUUUAUGCAGCUGUGGAAACGUUGUAUUGGCGUCACAAGUCACUUCAUUUCACUUAUAGUAGCCUAGUUUUCUUGGUCACAUUUGACAAAUACUGCUGUUUGAGACAAUAACAAUUUCCAAAUAGCGGCUCCGUGUAUGAAUGGGGGGCCCUCUGAAGUAUGACUACGGCUUAUUUCUCAUAUUGUCUUGUGCGUAAAAAUGAUGACAACACAGGACGACAAGUGCUCCACCGUGUCUACCACGCACCUCACUCACACGAGCUUGCAAAAUGGCUGGGAACGGCACAGUGAGGACAAAUGUCCAAAAUUAAAUGGAUUCCCGUGAGAUGUUUCCGCUAUAUCCCAGCUAACAGCCCGAUGUUGUUGUUGUAUUGACUUUACACAGUCAACGGAGAGAGACAUAUUUUAUGAUUACAACGUGCUGUUCUGAGAUCUGUCCGCGGACCUCAUAGGCAACCUUUAAGCCAUGGAUCAAAUCCAGCCCUACGGGGUAUAAAGUAUCCCAAGUUGUGAAUGUAACAUAAGGGGACUCCUCCCGGGGACGCCUCCAUGCGCAUGUGUGUGUACGUGUGUGUGUGUGUGUGUGUGUGUGUGUGUGCGCACGCAAGUUCGUAAUGAUUGGCUAAACUGUGUGUAGUCAAUGGUAGGGAUUUUAUAUAUGUGUGAGGUCUAUCUGUAUGUGUGCGGGCGCGUUCGUUUGCAUGCCCGUGCGUAAAAGCGUGUUUCUACCAGCGUAAGUAAGCGCGUGUGCGCGCGCUACUGGUCGAGAGAGAGAGAGAGAGAGAGAGAGAGUAAGAGAGAGGUGGUUGUGAGAAAAAGCCCGGAUUGCUGUGUAAGCGGAUCCCUUUGUGUUGAUUUAGGAAGACGUUUGCUGUAUAUAACGUUCAAGGCUGAUAAUAUCAUUGCCUGGCCAGAUAAAUAAAGCAUUGGCCAAAACCAUCGGGUCAGCUAUCGAUCCGCUUCUUCUCCCCGAGAGGGAGAGAGUGUGUGUGUGUGGGGGGGGAGAAAGGAGAGAGAAAGGGAGAGAGACGUCACUCAUUAGCAUUCCACAGCCAUGGACUAAACGCUGACAACUAACAGAGAUAUCCAGCUCUACACCACUGCAUGCAUUUUCCCCCCUUUGUCUUCUUCCCCUGGCCCUUCAUUUCCAGCGAACAGAUCUCUCGUCACAGCCAACACAUUUGUAUGUAUGCCUUCUCCACCCUUUUUGCACGAAUGGACCCCGUGCACAAGAGAGAAAGCCUUCCAGUAAAGCAGAGAAAAAAGGGGGGAGAGCGAUGUUGUAAAAGCAGUGCAGAAGUGACAGCGCAAAGCACAUUCGCUUUACUUGGAAGAGAUAUACAAUUGUGUGUGACUUGACAACAUAGACGAGGGAGAUGUUUUAAAUUGCAACCUCAACGGCUAUUAUUUAGAUAUUUCGGGAAUUAAAAAAAUACACCCUGUAUGUUCAUUAUGUGAAGGUAAAUUAAAAUAAUUAUAUUUCCACUUCAAUUGUAUAGUAAAUAUUUUUCCACUUAGUUUGGGGCGUUAUUGGUUCCAUGUAGUGUCACUUUGUGAAAUAUAAUUUUACCUUUGAAACGUUUGUCCGCUAGUUUACUAUUAAAGCCGUUAGUUACAACUCUAACAUAUUCUGUAGAAUAAACACAGAUUGAAUAAUGCUGUAAGAGCAAAGAAAAACUAAAUUCCAAAUACCUGAACCUUAAAAAGUUAAAGUUGUGAUUUCCAUCAUUAUAUAAAUGAUUUGCAAUUCUACUAUUUCAGAAAGUAAAAUAAAGGUUUGAAUGAAUAAAUUCAAACUUUAAAGAUGUGAAUGAGUGAUGCAGGGACUACCAAUGACAUUAUUUAGACAAGCGCCUUUUUUCAGAUGACUAUAUCUUAAUAUGCAUUGAAGUCUUGCCCAACAAUGACAGCUGUUCAUCUGAUAGUAACUUCUUUCCAAGUUUUCUCCCCUCCCACCCCGGGGCCCCCGGUCUCUGUCUUGCUUUGUUGUUUUAAAAUAUGCAUGUCUCUCCGGAAUGCCAGUCACGGGUCCAAACUUUGUGUGUCCCAACCUCCCACAUGAUGAAAUGAUCCUUUUAAAGCGGGCUCAAUAUGUCUCAAUCUGCACUCCUCUUCCCUCUCUAAAGCUUCUGGGUUCGGGACACAGCCCAGAAAUAUAUUAAUUAAAGCGCACUACAACAGACUUUUUAGCACUGGGGAAAAAAAGUGGCUGGAUCAAGUCAUGCUCUGUCAACGACUGAUGGACGAAGAUUCACGGCAGGAAAAGAAAAAAAGGAGCUGCUGCGUGUGGUGACAAUGUUGGAGCUCUCCACCGCCUCCUCAUCCUCUUUCGCCUCCAGGACCUCGCUGAAGAACCUGAAGAUGGAGUUGAAACUCAUCCAGGAGAAGCGAUCAAUGCCGCAGCAUUCUCUCAUUCACCCUGAACUGGUGGUGAACUCCUCCGGAACGCCGCCAGCCUCUCCACCCUAUCCCUUCGCAGUCCGGGGUCACCAGGGGGGCGUCUCUGUGCCAAUAUGCAGAUGAGCAUGUGCCCCUCCAAUGACUCUGGUGUUAAGCUCCACCCCUCUAUAUGGUGGAGCUCCCCCACCCCACCCAACAACACUCACACACAUAGAGGCAUAAACCCACUCACACACUGGCUUAAAUAAGCCUUUAACAGCUUACGUCCACUCUUCCUUUAAUAGCCAAAGUGUGUCGAACUUAAUGGAUGUUGUCAAAGCUAAGAUGUGACGACUGAUUUAGAGGAGGAACCCCAAUGACCAGGCUUCAAUAACCACUAAAGACUGAGAGAGAGAGAAUUACCUCAGCUAUGCCAUAAAUCAAAGUAAUAUCUUUAAAAGAUAUGGAGAUCGAUGAAGUGGCAUCUGGCUGAAUCUUGUGUGUAAAGUGAAGCCAUAAACAGCCAAUGAGUACUACUUCAUCCCCAGUCUUACUCCCAUACUGAAAAAGUUUUUCAACUGAUACCAUUUUUUUUUUUUUACAAGCAACUGAUUUCAUGUAUUGUUAAAACAAGAUAUAACAGACAAAGAGCGGUUCCAUUUUAAUCAGUUAAAUUACAACUUGUAUCUUGCAUUAACUGUGAAUCAAUGAAGUUGCAUGUGCUCAUUUUAACAAGAUCAUUGUAAUUGCAUUCAUUUAAUAAAGUUUAUCGUCAAUGCAA